GUAGCAGAAAUAACAUUUCUAGCGUAUAAUAAUAAUAAAUAAAGAGAAUAAAGUUUUCUAGAUCUAGAUUUAUAGCUCUAAGUAUAUUUAUAUCUAGAUCUAGAGUCACUGGAGAAUUUAGAGAUCUAGAAUAGAUCUAGAGUCUAGUAUAAGUGAAAUUAUAUAGCGCUAGAAUCUAGCUCUAGCAGACCUGUGUUGUGUAAUGUGUAGUGUGAUUUGAGACUGACCAUCACCAGACUAGACUGACCAGACUCACUCAUCAGUGAUUCAGUUUCAGUCAUUAGACGAUUAGUGAUUUAUCAUUUACUGAUUAGACAUUCAUGGACAUUACAUUUACACUGACAUUAUAGUUUACUGACUCACCACACUCACAUUGCUGUGAGAGUGAGAGACUCUGACUCACUGCUAUACUAGCCUGCCUAUACACUCAUACUGACUCUCUCAUAAACUCAUAGUCAUAGUAAGAUAGUACUCACACUACAUGACUACACUGUAGUGUACAGUGAAAACAGUGACACUGACAGUCUACAGUGACUAGUGACUGACACUUCUGACAGUUCUGAGCUCAUGAAAAACUGUUGAGGCUUAGUGUUCAAUGCCAGUCAGAGUUGAAUGUACUAGAAAUCUAAUCUAGAUCUAGAUCUGCCUUCACAGAUACCACUGGCUUGGCUUCCAGCUUAGUUUGACCAUGAUCAAUAACAAUCUAUAGGCACUAUGCUAUAGCAUUAAUAUGGCAAUGAUCAUCUUCAUCAAGUUUAUGCAACCAUGUUUACAUUGUCUGGAUGCUUGAAUUAUAACUGUAGUCUUCUUUCAAGCAUAGGAGAGCUGAAAGCUGGUUACGUAAUACAUUCUGCAGUAUUAAGAAAUUCUGCAAAUAGUGCAGGUUAAAAAUUUUGUCAAGAAGAUGCGAAUAGAAUUGUUUGAACUCAACUUUAGCAGAGCAAAUGCUAUUUAUAUUGCUGGCCAGUCUGUGAGUGGGAGUGUAGUGAUUAAGCUUGCCAAAAAGACAUGGAUAAAUUCUAUUGAUAUCAAGUUUACUGGGAUAGCCAGAUCAAAAUGGGAUGUGCCUAAUGGCGAAUCAUCCAAACAUUAUCAAGCUCAAGAGAUUUACAUGGACAGUGAAUAUCAGCUCUACAAAAGCAGAAGUCAAACUGACAACAUUCCUGAAGGUAUGCAUGUGUUUCCAUUUGACUUUGAGUUGCCAGCAGAUGUCCCUUCAUCUUUUGAAGGCCGCAGAGGCUAUGUCCGCUACAUGUGUACUGUCACAUUAGACAGAGGCUGGAAGGGUGUUCUGCAGAUGGAGCAGGACUUGACAGUUAUCAGACAUUUGGAUCUGUCUACAGUGCAGGGUGCAUCUCUACCACAGUAUUUAGAGAAGGAGCAGACUUAUGAAGGUUGCUGCUGUGAUUCAGGGUGUGUUUAUACACAUCUUUGGCUGGAGAAGAGUGGCUUUGUUCCUGGCGAGCCAUUACACUAUGACAUCUUAGUUAAUAACAAGGCCACAUCCUCCAUUUGUGGUGUGGUCUUGUCAUUGUUUCAGACUGUGCGCUAUACUGGCUACAGUGACAGCUUAUUUUCCUCUGGGAAUCCUAAAUAUCAUGACAAAGUCAACAAUUGGGUGCUUUUUGAGACAGAUGAUGAAAUCAGAGCUGGAAAGGCUUGUCGUUAUGUCAAUUAUUGCACUAUACCAGCAGUAGCCCCAUCAUUACUUGAAGGUUGUAAUAUUAUUGACAUCAUGUAUGAAAUACAAGUUGAAGUCCCAGUGGGCUGGAAAGUGGUUAUUCUCAAAGGCAACAUUUUUAUUGGCACCAUUCCUCUUAGAGCCAAUUCCCAAGUGCCAGAUGCAGAAGAUGAACUUACUUCCCCACCAUUCAGACAGAAUUUCGAAUUGCCACCAUCCUAUGAAGAGUGUGUAUUUGGCAGAAUGGAAUCCCAAGAGAGAGAAGCUGAAAAUAAUGUUGAAGAGAAUGCUAGCCAAACUGGUCAGGACGCCUCAGCUACUGAAGCAACAUCAUCUCGACGCAGCAGGUUGCGACGCCUUCCUAGCUACCCUUACUACAACAGUGAGCACUUUGCCAUCACUUCCUCUGGUGUUGAUGCUGCUCAUCAGGUUAUUAACAAUUAUCCUCACCCUCCUCCUUUGACAGCUGAUGGAUACACCUCUGUGCCAAUAACUGAGCAGCCUGUCUCAUCUCUUCCACCACCCCCCAGCUAUGACUCCCUCCAUUACAGAGUCUCAGCAUAGAGUCAACCAAGUAGAUGUGUGCUGAUCCUCAAAUGACACUUGUAUAUAUGUUAGUUGUUGACAACUAAGGGGAGAACUCAACAAACUCUUAAGGCCAGUGCUAUACAGAAUUCAUGUCUCUUUACUUUUCAGUAUUUAUGAUGCCAUUUUAUAUUAUAAAACAACAUUUGAAAACUUUGUCAUAUGGUAUUAAUGUAACAAUUUUUCUAAUCUUUAGUAUUAUUUUUUGUACUCGUUGCUCACUGGUCAUGCUACUUGAAUACAUUAAGUAUUACAAAUAUACAUUGUACUAAACAUUCUUUUCCUAUAUCUUUUCUUCUGACCUUCUUACUCCUUAGCAAUGAGUUCCAAGUAAAGAUUGUUGUAAACUUACCCAUUGACUUUAUUCUGUCUUAGAUCACAUUGGUUUUAAGUGGUUGAGGGGACAAAGUUUUAGACUUUUGUUGGCUAUUUAUGAGCAUAGUUAAAGUAGACCUUGCGCUCUAUAGGGCAGAUGAUGUAAAGGUCAUCUGUUUCUGUGGCCUAUGGUUAAUGAGGGUUUGUGUGGCCAGCAUAACGAUCAACCGCCUUUACUUUUCCUCAACUAAUGUCAGGUACCCAUUAUAGACUCAGAGGCGCCCAAAGAUCCCGAAAUUUAAAAUCCCAGUCUUUACCAAGAUUUGAACCCGGGAUUCCCGGUUCAAAAGCCAAGUGCUUUACCGCUCAGCCACCAUGCCUACAUUUAUGAGCAUAAAGUGUUGCUAAAAUUAUGCAGAAGUUUUACAUGUGUGGCAAAUGUUUAAUUGUCAUAUUAUAGUUAUUCUUGGACAGGGGGAGAACUGUACAUUUUACAUUGGAUAUUAAUUUCAUGUUAAACAUGUUUUAUGUUUUGGUAUUUGACUUUUAGACAUAGUCUUCAAAGUCUCUAGUGUAACAUAGAGUUCUUUUUAUUUUAUCUUGAUCAUCUGCUUUGUUGAUCUUUUCCCAUUUUUUCUUUGUUUUUCCCAUGUUUCUAAAAAGAUUAACAACUUUUAGUUCCAAUAGAAGUUGGUUUUUACUAUGGAGGUGGUCACAAAACAAUUUUGGGAUUUGCACACCUGUAUAACAGAUGAUCUCAUACAGCAUUCUAGAGUCAGUGCCUAGAGCCUUUUUUGUUUCUUCAUCACCCUGUGCAGACUCAGCAUUAACUACACAAUUGUGUGAUGCCCUUUAGUCCCCAGGAUCUACUUUCAGCAAAGUAUCAGGUUUGAGAUGAAUUCUGACCUUCUCAUCUUGUAACUAUGGUCAUCAUGAUUUCUAUGCAUUGUCUCAAUGAAUAAUAGAAGGAAGAAAUUAUUUUGAUUCUCAUGAAUCACCAGUUGUGCAAUUCUUAAUUGGUCCAAGUUUCAUCAUAUAUUUCAUAGUCUGUUAUUGUCCUUAUUGACAACAGCUAACAUAGUUUAGAGUUUUCGUUUCCUAGGUGGAGGGUCAACCAAGUUCCUCUUGCUUUGUUUACAUGUAUAGCAAUUCACAAGGAAUCAUUCAUUGAUGCUUAAAAAACUAAUUGUGUUAAAUGUAAAUCAUUUAUACAUAUAUUAAUCUCGUUGUAUAUAGAGUCACUACAUACAAACUUUACAAUUUUUUUGGUUGGGAUCUGCUGAAAGACAUGUGUACCUGUGUACUUAACAUUUCUGUCUGUGAAAUCCUUUUAUGAAUUGCCAGGAGAGCUUCUCCUUUGAUUUAGUUGAUAUUUUUACCUGUGAUACAUUUGAUACUUUGUUUUAUGGAAUUCCAUAUUUUUGAGCUCAGCGUCUUAUUUAAAAACAUUCAUAUUGCAGGAAGAAAUUGUAUCUAUGUCCAAUUUAAUUAGCAGACUUGUACGUUAAAAAGUACUUUCAAACAAAACUGUUAAGAAGGUAAGUCACACUCUAAAAAAUUUACUGCUAGUGCAGGUGAUCUUUUAAAAUAUGAAGUCUCUAGAGUUAUUAGCACAAUAUUAUUAAACAGCUUGAAUUCAUUUAUAGUGAUUAAAAGUGCUUGUUUAUUGUAUUUUGUUUAUUUUUAUACUUGGGGGCCAAGAAAAACCCAACAUUAAAUACAGUUGUAAUGUAUGCUAAGUUCAAGUCUUUUUGUCGGGUUUGUAUAUAAUGUCAUGUACAGUGUCAGUACAUUCAAUAUUUGAUCAUGUCAUAUCCAUGUUCAUACCUUCACCAGUCCUUUAGCCUGCUGGUUUAUUGGGGCACCACAUGUCUCUCUCCAUUCCUCUGUGUCUUUUGCCAUGGUUAAGAGUCCUAUCAAGUACCUUGAACAUUAAGUAUAUAUUUAUGCCAUAUUAGAUCUAAAUUCUUCGAUAUUUAAUAAUUUGGCAUUUCACAGUAUGAAUUAGAGCAUUUAGUAUUUUGUCAUGUCAUAUUAAUAUGUUUAGAUUUGAUGUAUUUAUUUCAUUUGUACUUUUGUACCAACUGUAUAUAUAUAUAUAUAUAAUAUAUAUUAUUUGAUAUAGUUUGUUUUUAAACGGUGCUUCAACUUCCUGAAUCAAACUUAAAUAUUACCUGAUCAUCAAUAUAUUAUUGUUUUAUGUGUAUGACUUCAUACUUUUUCAUUUGGCUGUGAUUGAUGGACUCUAAUAUUUUCUUUUGUAGUCAUUUUUUGCUUGUUUUUAUAAUAUAUACCUAUAAAUUUUAUACAUGAAAAAAAAAAAAUUUGACAUUGUAAAGUGUAAAAUGUUCUUCACAUAUAUUCAACUUUAUUUGUAACAGACUUGAGCUUAAAAAAAAAGAUAUUAUAGUCUGCUCUUUCUACAGCAUAGGCCUACUGUGAGCUCUAGUCCAGUGCUUGUCUAGCAACAACAUAGGCCUACUGUGAGCUCUAGUCCAGUGCUUGUCUAGCAACAACAUAAGUCUAUUGAGCUCUGGUCUAUUGUUUGUCUAGCAACAGCAUUGAGUUGUAGUCCAAUGAUUGCAAUGCUAUCUUGUAAUGAAAAAAAAAAUGUUUUUAUGCUCUCCAAUGUUUUUAAAUAGCUAAUUGUGAUCAGAAACACUUAACUACACCCCAAGUGUAGAAUGAAAGAGUAGACUAUACAUCACCAUGUGUCUCAUGUCUUCACUUGCCUGGGUGUUCAAAUAAGGUUAUGUUUCUGUUUCCUGAUGUUAGAUUGAUGACAGUUUUUAUAUGACGGAUAAUUGUGAUGUUGUUAGUUGAUCUGGAUUUAAAAAUUCAUCAAUGAAAAGAAUAUUGUAUGUUUAGUCCUCUGUUGAAAAGGUUUUCUCUCUGCAAUGUGAUGUGAACAUGCUCUUCUCUUUUUCUCUGUCUGCUGUAGUCCAAACACUUGACAAACAAUCCGUUUUAUUGUAGGCCACAGUCACUCAAGUUAUUUAAGUCUUUUUUUUUUUAUUAAGUGCAAUAUUCAAAAAAAAAAAAAGGUCUAACCUAUGCUCAAUGGAGUAAUAGUAGUAUUAAUUUGAUGAAGUCCAAUCAUUGAUUUGCAUUUAUAUAUAUUUUUGAUUUUCAAGAUUUAUUUUGUACACACAAAGUUUUUGUAUUUUAUUUUACCACAAUUUUACAACCAUAUUUUUUUUUAAUUUUUGGUUCUCCUUAGGCAAUGCACUUAACAAGAAGUCAUUAACAAACAUGGUCAUUUUUUUGUGUGUUGAUUUCUUUAUAAUUAAUAAAGCAAAAAAAUGGUUUUGUUUUAAAACAUAUUUCUCAUUACUGUAGUUUCCAAACAGCUGACCAAGUUUUGACUUGUGCAAAAUUAAAAUGCUUUUCUUAAA